ACCCAAGGGGGCAACUGUGGGCACACAGCCCCUGAAGGCCGCGGAGGGACGCAGGUCCUCUGGUGUCCAGGAGGCCAUCACAUUGCUGCACGGCCGGUGGUUUCCAGAGUUGUGGGCUCCGGGCCAGCCCAUGGCGGAGGCGCGGGGACUGCGGCGCGGGGGCGUGCAGCACGAGCUGCUGGAGAAGGUGGCGCGCUUGCAGCGGGGCGCGCGGCACUCGGAGCCCGAGGUGGCAGCGCGCAGAGCGACCGGUGACAGCGGCUCGGGCUUGGGUUUCUGGUGCUGGCGGCGACUGUUCGCGCGCGGAGCCCGGGGGGUUCGCCGGAAGAAGGGCAAGUUCGCACGGCCCGGCGCGGCGACCCCGGAGCGCAGUGUGUGGGGACCACCCGGCCUGCAGAGGCUGCUGCAGAGGCUGGCGACGUGGCGGCGGCGCUACCUGCGGCGAGGGGAGCGGCCCGAGGGCCUGGAGGAGAUCCCGCUGCUGGUGCUGGACCGCACGCGGGCCGCCGACUAGGGGCGCCCUGGCCAGCUUUGCCCGCACACGCACCGGCCUCAGGUCGAUUAGGUUUUGUAAACGAAAGCAAGAAGUGACAAUAAACCCCGCACUGUACGGAUGAAAGAA